UCUUGUCUCUUUGCUUGGCAGGUGAGGAGCCAGGAAGGCGUAGACGAGGGCAUCCUUGGGGGCCCAGCUGCCCUGGAGGAGGAACCCGGGGACGGAUCAGCUCGAGCCUUCCAUCAGAGAGAGCCCUCGUCCUAAGCAGGGGCAGCGGAGCGCGGCGGAGCCCCCGGCCCAGGCCCCCCGCGGCAAAGGGCUCUGACAGCUUAGCGGCACAUGUCAAGCGGAUCAGAGAGAGGGAGGUUAACAUCUGAACUCCGCAGCUGGGUAAUGGACCACCUCCUUCUCCCGGGAGACGCGUCCUGAGCCUUGCAUACAGAUGCGCUGAGCUGGGCCAGGGCGAGCUCUCCCUCCCUCCCUCCCGCUCAGCUCACUCGCUGUCAUGCAAGAACGCUCCCCUCUCCUGCUGCCAAGUGACUUUAAAGGCAUUUAAAAGGGGAAAAACACAAAACACUUUGCAAAGCGAAAGAGAAAACGCCCGGAAGAGGUGGCUGCCAGGAAGGCCGAAAGAGGAGGGAGCCGUCGUGGGCCCCGAGUGCUCCAGGGAUGGGAGCAAAGCCCUGGGAAUGAGGGGCAGGGAAGGGAGCACCUCAAGGAGACAUGCUGGGCCCCUCUAUGCCAGAUGGAUCCCCAAGCACCCUCUGUGCCCUGGAAGCCUCUUGCGAUGCGGCCCUAAAGCUGCCAGAACCCUCGAGGCCCUUGGGGGCUUCUUCUUUUGUCAGAGAGCAUUUUCUGCAGCCAGGCCCUGGAACAAGGGGCAGCCCGGACGCUAAGCUGCCCCAGCCUAUUUGGGUGCCCCAUUCGGGCUGAAGCCUGGGCGCCAGGGCUGGCACACGAGAGGAGCGGAGCAGAUAUCCAGCAUUUGGGAGGACUCGGGCACGUGGAGAACUGCGGGCGGCACCGAGGGGAGAGGACUGGCCUCUUGGCCUGAGGCCCCAACACUGAGCAUCCCCAACGGCAUCCCAGCCAAGCUCUCCGAGGGUAAAGGUGCUGAGGACGAGCUGGGUGGCUCCCGGCUCCCUGCCCCAAGGACCAUGGUGACGGCCCACUCCGCUGCCGCCGCGGCCACAACAACCACGGCCACCAUCACCACUACGGUGGUCAUGACCACGGCCACGGUGGACCUGCGAGACUGGCUGUUCCUGUGCUAUGGGCUCAUUGCCUUUCUGACCGAGGUCAUCGACAGCACGACCUGCCCGUCGGUGUGCCGCUGCGACAACGGCUUCAUCUACUGCAACGACCGGGGCCUGACGUCCAUCCCGGCCGACAUCCCGGACGACGCGACCACGCUGUACCUCCAGAACAACCAGAUCACCAACGCGGGCAUCCCCCGCGACCUGAAGAGCAAGGUCAGCGUGCAGGUCAUCUACCUGUACGAGAACGCCCUGGACGAGUUCCCGGUGAACCUGCCGCGCAGCCUGCGCGAGCUGCACCUGCAGGACAACAACGUCCGGGCCAUCGCCCGCGCCUCGCUGGCGCGCCUCCCGCUGCUGGAGAAGCUGCACCUGGACGACAACUCCGUGUCCACGGUGAGCAUCGAGGACGACGCCUUCGCGGACAGCAAGCGGCUGAAGCUGCUCUUCCUGUCCCGAAACCACCUGAGCAGCAUCCCCGCCGGGCUUCCGGGGACCCUGGAGGAGCUGCGCCUGGACGACAACCGCAUCUCCACCAUCCCGCUGCACGCCUUCAAGGGCCUCCACAGCCUCCGGCGCCUGGUGCUGGACGGCAACCUGCUGGCCAACCAGCGCAUCGCGGACGACACCUUCAGCCGCCUGCAGAACCUGACCGAGCUGUCGCUGGUGCGCAACUCGCUGGCCGCGCCGCCGCUCAACCUGCCCAGCGCGCGGCUGCAGAGGCUCUUCCUGCAGGACAACGCCAUCAGCCACGUGCCCUACAACACGCUGGCCAGGAUGCGCGAGCUCGAGCGCCUGGACCUGUCCAACAACAACCUCACGUCGCUGCCCCGCGGCCUCUUCGACGACCUCGAGAACCUCGGCCAGCUGCUGCUGCGCAACAACCCCUGGUUCUGCGGGUGCAACCUCAUGUGGCUGCGGGACUGGGUCAAGGCCAGGGCAUCCGUGGUCAACGUGCGCGGCCUCAUGUGCCAGGGCCCCGAGAAGGUGCGCGGCAUGGCCAUCAAGGACAUCACCGGCGAGAUGGACGAGUGCUUCGAGGGCGGCGCGCAGGCCAACGCGGCCGCCAAGACCACGGCCAGCAACCACGCCGCGUCCACCACCCCGCAGGGCUCGCUCUUCACCCUCAAGGCCAAGCGGCCGGGGAUCCGGCUCCCCGACUCCAACAUCGACUACCCCAUGGCCACCGGGGACGGCACGAAGGCCCUGGUCAUCCACGUGAAGCCGCUGACCGCGGACAGCAUCCGGAUCACGUGGAAGGCCACGCUCCCGGCCACCUCCUUCCGCCUCAGCUGGCUGCGCCUGGGCCACAGCCCCGCGGUGGGCUCCAUCACGGAGACGCUGGUGCAGGGAGACAAGACGGAAUACCUGCUCACGGCGCUGGAGCCCAAGUCCACCUACAUCAUCUGCAUGGUCACCAUGGAGACCGGGAACACCUACGUGGCCGACGAGACCCCCGUGUGCGCCAAGGCGGAGACCGCCGACGGCUACGGGCCGACCACCACCCUGAACCGGGAGCAGAACGCGGACCCCAUGGCCGGCCUGCCGCUGGCGGGCAUCAUUGGCGGCGCCGUCGCCCUCGUCUUCCUCUUCCUGGUCCUGGGGGCCAUCUGCUGGUACGUCCAUCGGGCCGGCGAGCUGCUGACCCGGGAGCGGGCCUACGACCGCGGCAGCCGCAAGAAGGACGACUACGUGGAGUCGGGCACGAAGAAGGAUAACUCGAUCCUGGAGAUCCGGGGGCCCGGCCUGCAGAUGCUGCCCAUCAACCCCCACCGGGCCAAAGAGGAGUACGUCAUCCACACCAUCUUCCCCUCCAACGGCACCAGCCUCUACAAGAGCACGCACACCAUCGGGUACGGCACCACCCGCGGCUACAGAGACGCUGGCAUCCCAGACAUAGAUUAUUCCUACACAUGAUGGCGCCGCUCUUCCCCCGCCGCCCUCCGCGCGCCCCUGGCCUGCGCCCGUCGCUCCUCUCCGUCUCCUCCCGCUGGGGAAAGGUGGCUGCCCACACGCGCUGGCUACCGUUGAAAAAGGAACCCCCCGUCCCCCCACAUACAAUGAUGUUCAAGCCAGAAACCGGGGAGGGGAAACAUCUUAUAAAAACAACGCAGGAAAAUUCUGUUGGUUCUUUUUUUGGUAAGGAAAAGAAUAAGGAAACUGAGGUUGACUAGCCUAAUUUAUAUGAAAAAUGCCAGAGAGAGGGAGGGUGCCGUAGGGAGGGCGGCCAGGAAAGAACUAAAAAUAAAGGCAGGAAGAUUCUUUUGGGGACCUGGAAAGAUACUACCUGUACCACCAUCCGUGUCAAUCUCAUGUUUUGUUCUGGGGUAGAGAUACAAAAGAACUGUCAUGUGAAAAGCAAACAGGCUUUAAAAAGGGAAAAAAAGGGAAAGCGCAUACAAGUGCUCUCUUUUCAGGCUGCUAACGGUUGGCAUUUGGGAGAUUUUUCAAGCUUCCUACAAAGGAGAAAAGAAAAGGGGAUGGCGAGGGGAGGGGGGAACGCUAUGCAGACACCGUCCCCCAAAACCUCUUUCUGAGUUCUUUUCCAUAAUCACUUCCUUUGAUGGGCCUGCAGAAAGACUGCCGUGCUCCCCCACAUUAUCCGAACAAUUUGUAGCUGAUUAAAGAAAGACUUGUUUUCUAUACUGAAA